AUGCCGAUGCAGACCCGGGGUUCCACAGAACCCAGUGACAGUACCGGAAGUGCGAAACGGAAGCCCGUCCGCCGCGACCCAGAGAAGAGGAGGCAACAGAACAUUCAAGCUCAGAAGAAGUACAGAGAGAAGCUUCGCAAACGCCUAGAGAACCUCGAGGCACUCGCAGCGUCGGCUGCGCAGAAUCAUGCGGUUGAAAGAACAGCAGCUGUGGAGAUUGACGCCUCGGAAGCGGCCGUAGAGCAUGGACCUUCGACCUUUCUGCCCCACAUCGCUGCAAAUGGAAUUCCGGCCUCUGAAGCCCCGGGAAUACCAGUUCCUUUUCCAUCUGCGGUGAUCCCUAGAGACCCAAGCCCCUCACUGGAAGACUUUGCAGCAGCUCUUCCCUUGUGGGAACCUUCAACAUAUGUCACUAACCUCGAUUGUACCUCAUCAUCGCUGGCGAGUUUCGACUCCACGAUCUAUGCACCAUUGUCGGACAAUCUGUCUGUACCUAGCAUCUGGGAUACUUCUGUAGAGGCUUCGCUUUCCGACGAUCUCUCGUCUGCCCCCAGCUUAAGGGAUUUCACCACUAGUGUCCCGCAACCAGACAAGCCUGCAUCAGCAUUGAGCAUAGUGGGCACUAAAUCUCAAUCCAAACCGUCCUUUCUCAUCCCAGACAAUCAUGCCGAUAACACCGGUGCUUCGAACUGCAUCAUCGCCAUCAAAUGCGGCUGCCCUAAAUCUCACAUCCGUGUUCAGACCCAAAGCCCCUACCCGUUUCGCUCUGGCGAAAUUCGUAUCGUCACUCUUGACCCCGGUGCGCCAGCUGCGGACCCAUAUGCUAAUCACAUCCGCAUUGACCCAGUCUGCACCAUAACGGCACUGUAUACACUUGGAAUACAGAUCGGUGUCAAUGAAUCAAUGCUUUGUGCUGAUGAGUCAUUUUCGCCGUUCUACCGGCCCAGCGCGUCCACCGCAGAUGACCUGGUUAAAGCAAACAUGGUCGGCACUGUACAAAGAAUAUUCAAGACCCUGAAACCGGACCUGCGGCCAAACCGCGAACAGAUCAUGAUUGAGCACCACCCUUAUAUCGACAUUCUGCCUUUCUCAACGUUGCGAAGAAAUCUAUUGAUCCGUCAGGGUGAUCUGGAUGAGGAUGAGUUCAUGGAUGAUAUAAUUUCCGGCUUGGUCUGCUGGGGAGGGGCCGGUAUGGGGAAACGGGACAGACAAGACUCGGUUGGACGUCAUCCAACAGGCACACCGUGGGAUGUCCGCAGUUGGGAGGCCAAAGUGUGGUUUUUGAAGAAGUAUUGGGCACUGCUGGGUGGUGAAGAUGGAGAACUUGUGCGGCAGAGUGAGUGGUGGCGAGGACUCAGGGGGGAGGACGAAGAGGUGUUUGAUCAAAGUGAUUCGACGCCAGCGGACUCUCCACUAUUCUACUCGACCCUAGGAAUCUGA